AUAGUGUGCCAGGGAAUGCCAAAUGCCACCACGCUCAUCCUAAUCACCCAAGGGCCAAAGAAACAAACAAAACAAAACGUUGCCGCCACUCGUGUCUGCGUGAAGAGUUUCGCGUCUACCCUGUUCCUCUCUUGCUAUGACCUGUUACGGGCCCUGCUGCGUAACCUGAGCCCCAGAGCACACCCCACGAACCCUGCCACUGCUAAGAACUGUGAGGAUGCCUCACUGCCAGUGAGAUCAGGAAAGGAGAGGUGUGUCAUAAAACCACAGGACAAAGAAGGAAGCUUUGGAAGUGAAAAAGUUACCACAGGGAUGUCGGUUGUGAUUGAGACCACCAUUGGGGACAUUACAAUAGACCUGCACACUGAGGCCAGACCCAGAACAUGUAUGAACUUCUUGAAACUGUGCAAGAUGAAAUACUACAACUUCUGCUUGAUGUUCAGUAUUCAGCGGAACUUCAUUGCUCAAACCGGGGAUCCAUCAGCAUCAGGAAAAGGAGGUGAAAGCAUAUUCCAGAAGAUGUAUGGAGAUCAGGCAAGGUUCUAUGAGGGGGAGAAACUUCCCAUCAUGAAACACAGCCAGCUUGGAACAGUGUCCAUGGUGUCCUGUGGCAACCACUUGUUUGGUUCCCAGUUCUUCAUCACUCUUGGAGAAGACUUGGAUUCGCUGGACUCUGAGCAUCUUGUCUUUGGCCAGGUGGUGGAAGGUCUUGAGGUUAUCAAUAGACUCAACCAAACCUUGACAGACGAAAAGUACCGUCCCUACCAGGAUGUCAGGAUCUCUCACACUGUGGUGCUGGACGACCCAUACCCUGACCCAAAGGACCUACACUUUCCUGCAGAGAGUCCAAAGCCAACACCAGCUGUCUUUGAGUCUGAUUACAUCGCUGCAGAUGAGGCUAUUGAUGACACUGAAGGGAAAUCUCUUACAGAAAUCCAAGAAGAAAUUCAAGAGAAGGAAGCUAAGGCCAGAGCCACAAUCCUAGAAAUGGUCGGAGACUUGCCUGAUGCUGAGAUGGCCCCUCCAGAAAAUGUCUUAUUUGUGUGCAAACUCAAUCCAGUCACAACAUCAGAGGAUUUGGAGAUAAUUUUCAGUAGAUUUGGCAAGAUUAACACAUGUGAAGUGAUACGUGAUAGAGUGACCAACAAUUCUCUUCAGUAUGCUUUCAUUGAAUUUGCUGAGACAAAGUCGUGCGAGGAUGCCUACUUCAAGAUGGACAAUGUACUGAUAGAUGACCGCAGGAUUCACGUGGACUUCAGCCAGUCAGUGUCCAAGAUCAGGUGGCGUGGAAAGGGUCGAGGGGUUGAGUAUUUUGACGACGAUGGAAAGAAGAUGGAUGAGAGAAAGGGGCGGGAGAGAUUUCAGCCUAAUCAAGAACACAACAGCAAUAGUCAUUCGAGAGGGAGACAUAAAAGACCUCCACAAGGCCACCAGCCUCAGGGGAGGAGGAUGUAUGGGACAGAACAUAGGAAUUUCAAUGCAGACAGAAGGCAUAGUCAUCAAGAACCUGAUGACCAAAAUGGUUCUCAUAGGAGUCACUUUAAUGAAAGACACUCCCAGAGGAAUGAGUCCUUUGCCAGAAGGACGGAGAGGGAUGAGAGACAUGAGAGGCACAACUCAAAUAAACAGGACUAUGGUGACCUGGAAGAAGAGAUUGCAAUGAAGGAUAAUGCUUCAAGGGAAAAAAUGCUAAAGCAUCUCAAGAAAUCUUUGAAAAAGAAGAAAAAGAAAUCAAAGAAGCAUUCAAGUGACAGUGCAAGUUCAGUGGAAGACAGAAAAAAGAAAAAUAAGAGAAAAAGAAAUUUAAGUGAUUCUGAUUCAUCAAUGGAGGAAAUGAAGAAAAAGAAGAAGAAGAAGAAGAAAGUCAGUGAUAGCAGUGACACUGAUACUGAACCAAAGAGAAAAAGCAAGAAAAAGAAGAAAGUCAAUGACAGUAGUGAUUCAGAUUCUGAACCAAAGAAAAAAAGCAAGAAGAAAAAGAAGAAAAAGAAGAGGCAUGAUUCUUCCUCUGAUAGUUCAGAUUGAUGGAUCUUGGUUUUAAUCUGACAGGUGAAAAGUUUUUUAUGACAGUCCAGCUUGUUAGUUGUGACACGAAUACCACUUGCAGCAAAUCAUCGUUUUGGCAGUUCAUAAUUUUAUAUGUACAUAAAUUACAACUUUGUAAAUUCUUCAGUAUCACUUUCCUAAGUGGCGUAAUUUCUGCUGAUUGGGAUAUUUAAUUUUAUAUAAUUAUAAAUGUCUAUUUUGUAUUCAGUAAACUAUAUAUAUAAAAAAAAAAGUUUUCUUUUCAUAUUGUGCAUAAAUUGCUGACAAACAGUGACUUGAGAGUUGAAGUUAUGAAUUAAACAAAGGUACAACUUAUGUUGAUGAUGCAUGUAUCACUACAUUCCUUGCAGCUAGUUCUAAAUUUAGAUUGUUAAAGGAAACAAGUGAGGUGGAAAGUAAUCUCUCAGCAUUUUCCUGAAAGGAAAAUGCUGUACAUGCAAAGCCAUUCCUAUGUGUUGUGAAGUUUUAGCGAUGAACAGCUCUUCUCUUUGUUGCUGCUCCAUUCUCUUGGCUAAUGAAUAUACUCAUCACUCAAAUGAUUUCUGUCAUGCUACUUAACAGCAAAUCUAUUUAAUAGUAUAUACAAUACAAAUUUAUAAUGCACCAGACUAUGAUCAUGUCUACCUUUCAUCUUUUUAAGUCUGUGGUGGACCACUCCAUGACAAAGGAGACUGUGAUAUUUACCUACCUUGCUUUUCCUAAAGUAUUCUGUAUUAUUAGUAACAGUGAGAGGUUACCAACCACCAAUACCAUGAGUUGGGUAGCUUUCUUGCACAGUAAUUGGCAUGCAUUCAGAAGAUUGAAAGUAAAAUUUUGGUUUGUAGGAGUUUCUUGGUAAGAGGUGCAGUGUUCUCUCAUGACUCUGGCAGAACUAUAUAGACUCAGCUACUUAGCACGGAUUCUUUAAUCAACUUUAUCACAUAAUACAUUUAUAUCUUCACUAAGAUGAAUCCAAGAUCAUAGUACAUUGGUAAACUGGAACUCUGCCUGGUUUUUCCCUUUUCUUUUCUCACAAUUUGCAUCCUUAAGAGAGGAGUACAAGAAAACCUCUAAAAGAAGGCAGGCCAAGCCUUGCGGAAUUCCAUUCAUUCCAGAGUGGCGAUCAAUUUUUUUUUUUUUUUUUUUGGUCCUUGAUUAACUUCCAACAUUUAAGAAAAUAAUAAAAUACAUACCUAUGUGAUAUGCCCACAAUGAGGGAACAAAGCACCAUCCCACACACCCUCCAACAUUGCUGAGGACUGAAGUAAAAACAUAUUAGGUCCUGAGCUGUUAUUACAGAAAAAAAAAAAAAAAAAAAAACUAAUAAUAAAUAUAUAUAUAAAAUAAUAAUAAUAAUAAUAAUAAUAAUAAUAAUAAUAAUAAUAAUAAUAAUAAUAUAAUAAAUAAUAAUAAUAAAUAAAUAAACAGUAAACAUUGAGGAAAUUGAAAUUCAGGGUAUUACUUGCUAAGCAAGUUAUAACUUUAUCUGUGAAAAAGGCAGUAUGGUACUGGAUGUAUUUACAAAUUAAAUUAAUUGUAUUUAUAUAAAAUCUGAUAAGAUAAACAUAGUGAAUUAAUUUUAAAUAUCUAAAGGGAAAAAAACAAUUAAAGCUACAUUAUAAAGCAGAAUCUAGCUGUUAAGCACCAGGUAUUGUAGAGGCUUUACUUCAUUUAAAGAGAUUAACAUUAUUUGCACCUUAAAUUAUUCUACAGAAUUGAUAUAAAAAGGUCUUCUCUACAACAUGUAUGUUUCAACACUAGGAAUGGAAAACAUGAAAUGAACAAUGCACCUAAAAACAGAAAUCAACUUAAUAUCUCCACUUGGCAGGGGAUCUUCGUUGUGAAUGGCUGGGCUGAGGACAUCCAGGACAUCCAGUUCUCCACAGCUGCUGCUGUGGAGAACUGGUAAGGUAACACUGAAAGACGACCUCACAAGCCUUCAGGGAAAAUAAGAUCAACUAACAUUAUAUUGUCAAGAAAUAAACACCAAUACAUGAUUAAAAACUAGGAGAAUUUUGUGGAGAAAAGUCAUCUCUGUGAUGACUAAGAUGACGGGAGCGCCAGAAAUAGAUUUAAAUCCCAUUUUAUGGGAGGCAGGAUGGUGUUAUGUGGCAUUCACUCUCCCUGUCAGGUAAGGUGAUGGGCUGAGGAGACAUACUAUGGAUCAUAUAGGAAACUACCAAUAAUAACUUGGCUUGCAUUAAUGUUCUAUGCCCAGUUAUUAAUGCCUCAUAUAUCAGCAUCUGUGUAACAUAGAAUAAGGCUGGGCUUUGCCUACUGAGCAGGUGGCAACAAUUCUUGCCACUCAAAUGUGUGUGUGUGUGUGUGUGUGUGUGUGUGUGUGUGUGUGUGUGUGUGUGUGUGUGUGUGUGUGUGUGUGUGUGUGUGUGUGUGUGUGUGUGU